GUUUCUGUCAAUGUGUGUGAAUAUUGGAAGGAGAGACCGUACAAAGCCAUACAUUUCGUAAGAUUUGCUUAUGACAUUUGGUGUUUUGUUGUUCGACUGUGCACUUAUUAAAGAGUUCUUUUCAUUGCAAUUCCAAAAAUCAUAAAAUAUGUGUGCCUACAAUUUUUAUGGAUUUCAAAACGAGCAUCGGCAACCAUUGGAGUGGCCACCGCAUCUUUUACCAGAACCAAAACCAAUUUUACCAGAGCAAAAGGCCAAUCCGUGGAACUGUGGUAUUUGUUCGAAAGAGUUCAAAACCAAGACACAAUUGGAUAACCAUGUAGAAAAACAGCAUGUUCAGAAACAAACGGAUGAAACCCAGCCGAAACCGAAGGGAAAGUAUCAAUGUGAUCAAUGUGAUAAAGUCUCUCCCAAUUCAAAUGCACUAUACACUCACAUUCGUCAAGUUCAUCGUGAGUCCAUCUAUAAAUGCCAUCUAUGUAACAAAUCGUUUAAACUGGAAGAUUCACUUAAGGAUCACGUUUCGAUGCAUCUGAAGAACAAGAAUUACAAAUGCACCUACUGUGACCAAGCGUUCGUAUGGCGUUCAAACAUGUACAAGCAUCGAAAGCAAUUGCAUAAAAACGAAUGGAUGUCUGAGAAAAUGCGAGGAACCAGAUGAAAGCAGGCCACCAGGAAGCGAAAGAAAUUUCGUGACACUAACUAUACUUUACUUUAAAACUUUAUCAUCUUCGUAAAUUAAUCAAAUAUGGAUGAAGUCGUGUAUUUGGAGAAACAGAAAAAAAAAUGUGUCGAUUAAUAGACAAUUAUAACACAAUCGGUUGCUGCAGUGUACCACUUCGAAGCCAUUAGGGCUGGUGGCUAGAUUAUCUAUGAUCGGGUAGUGUCUCACUGCUUGUAUAAAUUGUAAUAAAUAAAGUGUAUGGGAAUCAUUCAGUCUGUGGUCAGGCGAUGGAAUAAAUAAUAACAAUAAUCACACAUUUUUUUAUGAAAUCACACAUCAAUUUCCACUCACAGUUUCUAUUAUUUCGGCAUUUCAUUUUAUGUAAACGAUUUUCAAUUUUGUGCUUUUCACUUUGUUUCGGUUUUCAUUCUUUUCUCGGCGCUUCUUUCUUUCUAAAACGCAAUUUUGAGAAUUGGUUAAGAACAAAUUUUGGUCUUGAAAUCUCUGUUCAAUUUUAAGUGAAUAAAUAAACAUAGAAAAACUUUUUGUCAAAGUCAA